AAAAUACAUUUGAUGGCGCAUCUAAUCCGGAUAUAUGCCAGGAGUCAAAGACUCAAUGCUUCACAUCACCUAUCUAUAUGAAGCCUAAAUUGUUAGAAGAUAAGGCGGUUGAUGAUUUUCUGAAUUUGCAAAACAAGAAAAUAGUUAGUAAUAUGAUGAGAGAGAGAAAUAGAGAAAAGAAUUUUCAAGAUCAAGAACUGAUACAAAAAACAUCUGCUGAAUCAGAGCAAAUGUCCAUUGAUCAAAUACACAAUGUUAUUUCUCCUGAAGUAAAGAUCUCUUAUUAUCAGAAAGUAGAACUAGGCCUACUGCAUGAGUUAUCUGUUUGUGCUAAGGAAACUCUUACCAUACAAGAAAUAAACAUGCAAAUUCCUAAUGAUGAAGUUACGGCUCAG